AUGAAGAAUUUAUCCAUGACAUCUCCAGUUCUGAACAUUGCUCAACAAGGAGAGAAUGUGACUGCUUAUACCACUGACAACAUAUCAAACACAGACUAUGACUAUGACAAGGAUGAAACACAACUAGACAGUCUUCAAGUAUUCUCCCUGGUGGUCCACUAUGUGGUCUUUCUGCUGGGGACUACUGGUAACGGACUGGUCAUCUUUUUCACCACCUUCAAGAUAAAAAGAACUGUUAACAUUGUGUGGAUUCUUAAUUUAGCCAUAGCUGACUUUACCUUCUCGUUUUUCCUGUUGUUCACAAUUGUCUCUUCCACCUUAAAUUACCACUGGCCCUUUGGUAGAGUCAUGUGCAGGAUUCACAGUGGCGUUUUCCACCUUAAUAUGUAUACUAGCCUUUUUCUGAUCACUGUAAUGGGCGUUGAUCGAUGCAUUACCGUUGUGUUCCCUGUUUGGACCCAUAAUCACCGAACUCCUAGACUUGCAUCCAUUGUAGCAGUGGUAGUUUGGAUUCUAGCAUUCAUCUCCAGUUUGUUCUUUUUUAUGUUCAGAGAUAUAGUAGAAGACGAUGGCUUUAUUUAUUGCAUUUACCAUUAUGGCAAUAACUUAGAUUGGGAAUCAGGACACCAAGUCAGCAUCAUAUUAAACUUCAUCAUUGGUUUCCUUAUUCCUUUCACUAUCAUUUUUUCAUGUUAUACAAUAAUUCUUUUGCAUAUCCGGAGAAAUCACCUGAUCACAGUAAGCAAACCAUUCAAAGUUGCUGCAGCUAUAAUAAGUGCAUUCUUUAUCUGCUGGUUUCCUUUUCAUGUUAUUUCCUUUGUGCAGUUGUUUCAUAAUUAUGAUUUUUUUUAUGUUGACAUAGCAUAUAUGUGUGCCUUCAAUUUGAUUUUAACAAACAGCUGCAUUAAUCCUGUUCUCUAUUUCUUUAUUGGUAGAGAUUUCAAAGAAAUAUGUCAACACUCUAUUUGGUCAAUAUUUGAGAAAGCUUUCAUAGAGUAG